GAAAUGUGCACUGUUGAAGAACCCAAUGAAGAGUUCACAUCUAGACAUAGCUUAGAAUGGAAGUUCCUAUUCUUGGAUCACAGGGCACCUCCGAUAAUAGGUUAUCUUCCCUUUGAAGUUUUGGGAACAUCAGGCUAUGAUUAUUAUCAUGUGGAUGAUCUAGAUAAUCUGGCAAAAUGUCACGAGCAUUUAAUGCAAUAUGGGAAAGGGAAGUCAUGUUACUACAGAUUCCUUACAAAGGGACAACAAUGGAUUUGGCUGCAAACACAUUACUACAUCACGUAUCACCAGUGGAAUUCUAGGCCGGAGUUUAUUGUCUGUACGCACACUGUUGUAAGUUAUGCAGAAGUUAGAGCAGAAAGACGACGAGAUCUUGGUAUUGAGGAGUCUCUCCCAGAGAUAACAGCAGAUAAAAGUCAGGACUCUGGGUCUGACAAUCACAUAAACACAGUGAGUCUCAAAGAAGCACUGGAAAGGUUUGAUACCAGCCCCACACCUUCUGCUUCCUCCAGAAGUUCAAGAAAAUCUUCACAUACUGCAGUAUCAGAUCAUUCAUCCACACCAACUAAAAUGACAGUGGACACUAGCACUCCUCCAAGGCAAAGCUUAUCUGGUCAUGAAAAGACUGCACAAAGAAGAUCGUCUCUGAGUAGUCAGUCUUUAAGCUCCCAGUCUCUUGGACAACCAGUAGCACAGCCAACGAUGUCUCAGCCUGCAACUUUACAGCUCCAGUCUGGCAUGUCCCAGCCUGUGCUUCAGUUUUCAGCUCAAUUAGGAGCUAUGCAGCAUCUAAAGGACCAGCUAGAGCAAAGAACACGCAUGAUAGAGGCAAAUAUUCAUCGGCAGCAGGAAGAGUUGCGUAAGAUUCAAGAGCAGCUUCAGAUUGUCCAUGGUCAAGGACUCCAGCUGCCAUCUGGACCUAAUGUGCCUAAAAUCCAUGCAUCUGAAGCUACUGUUCCUGAGAUGUUCUUGCAGCAAUCAGCUUCUGGACUCAACUUUGGUUCUGUGCAGCUUGCUUCUGGAAAUUCUUCAAAUGUUCAGCAGAUUACACCAAUAAACAUGCAAGGUCAAGUUGUUCAGGCUAAUCAGACUCAAAGUGGGAUGAACACAGGCCAUAUAAGUACUCCACACAUGAUACAGCAACAACCUUUGCAGAGUACUGCAACACAGCAUAAUCAACAAAAUGUACUUAGUGGACACAAUCAACAGUCUUCUCUUGCCAGUCAGUCACAGAACACAGUCUCGGCACCUUUGUAUAACACUAUGGUGAUUUCUCAGCCAACAACAGGAAAUGUGGUCCAGGUUCCUUCUAGCUUACCACAGAACAAUAACCAGAAUGCUGCUGCAGUAACCACUUUUACACAGGAUAGACAAAUAAGAUUUUCUCAAGGUCAGCAACUUGUCACAAAACUCGUCACGGCCCCAGUAGCGUGUGGAGCAGUAAUGGUACCAAGUACUAUGUUUAUGGGACAGGUGGUGACAGCUUAUCCCACUUUUGCUGCCCAACAGCAGCAGCCACAGACUUUGUCAGUAACGCAACAACAGCAGCAGCAGCAGCAGCAGCAGCAAAGUCAGCAAGACCAUCAGCAGCAGCUCACCACAGUUCAGCAACCAGCUCAGCCGCAGCUGACCCAGCACCCCCAACAGUUCCUACAGACAUCCAGGUUACUUCAUGGAAAUCAGUCAGCUCAGCUUAUCCUCUCUGCUGCUUUCCCACUACAACAAAGCACUUUUACUCAGUCCCACCACCAGCAGCAUCAGUCUCAGCAGCAGCAGCAGCAGCAGCAGCAGCUUUCGCGACACAGAACUGACAAGAUGACUGAUCCUUCCAAAGUUCAGCCACAAUAGUGUGGGGCUCUGCCUCUUUUUGAAGCAAACUAUCAGGAGGGGGCUGCUCCACAAACAGUUGCACUGAGGCUACAGAGGUAGCAGUACGAAGGCUUUCUAACACCACAGUGUUAAGAUCUACUUCUGACUUCUGGAAUCUGUUAAGAAAAGCCACAAGAUGAUGAUGGGGACGUGGCCAACUUUAAUAGUUGCCCCAGUUUCUGUGUUCUAAAGGAUUUGCUGCCAUGUGUUAAUUUGUCCAGGUGAAACCUCAAAAUGUGACUGAAAUGAGAGGGAUGCUGAAAAUAUUGGUAUUUUUAUCAGUCCUGUACAUUUUUAAAGUAUUAAAAUGGACAUGGAGCAAUUGUUUGAAUUAGCAGAAAAAAAUGCCAGGAAUAUAGUCCAAAAACCAUCUAAUUUUUUCCAGAUGAUUAUGGGACAGUAAAUAUUUUGAAAAUGUUGUGUGAAAUCCAGUUCUCUGUUGUACAGAUGCUGUAAAAUAUUGUGUAUAUGUCUGCAUAAAAGGAAGAAGAGCAAAAUAUUUUAUAUGAUGCAUGAAAAUGUAAUCUGUUAUUUGUAGGUUUGAAUAUGUUUCCCUAAAUUCUCACACCAUACUCAGACUAAUGUUCUCCUCUGUUCUACCCUUUUGUUUACAACAUGAUGCAUCAUUAUUUUCACCCUUAAUGUGGGCACAAGUCUCUUGUUUGUGCUUUGUCUGUAAUGUCAGGGUUUGUUCGGUGAGGUAUAGUGUGUUGGUUAGUUGACUUCUCGAGGUUAAAUUAUUGAUGAAGCUGUUUGAACUGGUGAUCAUGCAUCAGAGUUCAGGACAUUCAGAUUCAUGAAUAUCAUCCAUCAUUUCAUAAUUAAUUCAUCGUUUUAUUUGAAAAAUAGGAAUUUGCACUGCUUUCUUGCGGAUGGUUUGGAAUUUUAUUCCCCAAAGCUAUCUUUUGAUAUAGUUCAUAGUUGGAAAUAUUUAUGUAAAAGGUUUAAAA